AUGAUGUCAAACAGUCUGUUGGUGAAAAACUUGGAGGACCUGAGCCUGGAUCCGGGUUAUGUGGCCGGGGAUGCCAGCCUGUCCCUCAGCCUGUCGUCCUCCGGCAGGUCGAGGCAGUCUCACCCCCACACCAGCACUCCUCACCGGGGUCCCUGGUGGCAGCACGCCGACUCUCUGAACAGCAGGAACGGCAGCUGGGACACAGUGAGCACGCUGCCGGAGGAUGCAGCGGACAUCCUGGCCAAGUGUCCCUGCCUGCCCGAGCUGGAGGAGUAUCCCUGGACCGAGCACGAGCUGCGGGAGGUGGUGCGUAAAGUGGACGGUGCGGAUGCGUCGUUCACCGGGGAGGCAGUGCACCGGCUGUCCGUCCUGCUCCGGAGGGCUUUGGUCCGGAUCUCCAGAGAGGCUCAGCGGCUGAGUGAGCUCCACAGACGGUGCACACGCCUGGAGGUCCAGAGCUCGGUGAGGCUGGUGCUCAGCUGGGCUCUCGCCGAGAGGUGCAUCUCCUCCUCGGUGAAGGCUGUGUCCCUGCACUGCAUGAGCUCCGGGGACAGCGCGUGGCAGCGGGGCAAGUCCUCGCGCUGCGGGCUCACGCUCUCCGUGGGUCGCUUCUUCAGAUGGAUGGUGGAGACGCGCGUGUCGGUGCGGGUGCACGAAUACGCCGCCCUGUGCAUGGCAGCGUGCGUGGAGAGUUUGGCGGAGGAGGUGGUGGGACGGGCGCUGCGUGUGGCGAGGCUGGCCGAAGAGGAGGAGGGGGAGCCGGGCGGAGGGGUCACCUGCGUCCCGGUGACCGUGGGGCUGCUGGAUGGAGCCGUUAACAACGACCCGGAGCUGUGGGGGCUGCUGCAGGUGUACGAGCAUCUGAUGUGUGGGAAAAACGCAAAUGGUGAGCUGUCUCUGCCGGCUCAUGUCAGCCCGUACACGAAGGUUCCCGAGGACCGAGCGGAGAGCCGGGAGGACGCCUACAUCCAGCUGGAGCUGCGGACGCUGGAACAGUCGCUGCUCGCCACCUGUGUGGGAAGCAUCGCCGAGCUCAGUGACCUCGUGUCUCGAGCGAUGCGUCACAUGCAGCGUCUCCGCAGCUCGAGUCCGUUCAUCAGCCCGACUCGAUCGGCCAAUCAGCUGUCGGUAUCCUGGGCGCCGGACGCCCUCCACACACUCUACUACUUCCUGUCCAGUCCGCAGAUGGAGUCGCUGGAGAACCCCAACCUGGAACCUCCGACUGUGACGCUGGGCAGAGAGAGGCCGUUCCUGCUCCUCCCUCCUCUCAUGGAGUGGAUCCGCAUCGCCGUGGUGCACGCCGAGCAUCGCUGCAGCCUAUUGGUGGACAGCGAUGAUGUCAGACAGACGGCCAGGCAGCUGCUGCCGGGACUCGACUGUGAACCCAGACAGCUGAAGUCUGAGUGCUGCUUUCAGUCCUUUAAGGUUCUGGACGCUGAAGCAGCUUCAGCAAAGUUCCAGCUGGAUCUGGGCUUCAGGAUGCUUUCAUGUGGACGAGCAGAUCUGGUCCUUCAGGCCUCACGGCUGCUGGGAGCCGACGGGGUCGACACCAUGGACGACCAGGGAAUGACUCCUCUGAUGUACGCCUCUGCAGCAGGAGAUGAAGCUCUGGUUCAGAUGCUCAUCGAGGCCGGAGCUCACCUGGACCUGCAGGUCCCACCCUGCUCGGUUCGUCACCCGUCUGUUCAUCCUGGCAGUCGGCGCUGGGCGGCUCUGACCUUCGCUGUGCUGCACAGUCACCUGUCUGUCACUCAGCUUCUGUUGGAGGCUGGAGCCGACGUAGAAGGCGGAGCGCUGCUGGACGGUCAGGAGAGUUCAGCUGAGACACCGCUGCAACUCGCUGCUGCUGCAGGUUUCUAUGAGAUGGUGAGUCUGCUGCUCAACUACGGAGCCGAUCCUCUGCUCAGAGUGCAUCAUGGGAACUCUCUGACAUCACCGCUGUAUGAAGACAUGAACUGUUUCAGCUAUGCUGCAGCACAUGGACACAGGAACGUUUUGAGGAGGCUGCUGCUGCAACCUCAGCCCAGGAAGGAGGACAUCCUGUCUCUGGAGGAGAUCCUGGCUGAAGGAGUAGAGGAUGAGGAUGAGGAAGAGGAGGAGAGAAGAACCAGAGCAGCUCCAGACUCCCUGAGCCCGGCUCCCAGACUGUGUAAAGCCAGGAUGAAAGCUCUGCAGCAGGCAGCGUACUACAGCGCUGAGCAUGGUUACCUGGAUGUUACCAUGGAGCUCAGAGAGAUGGGUGUUUCCUGGAGGAUCCACAUCUGGCUGGAGUGUCUCCGCAGAGCUCAGCAGCUGUGCAGAGACGAAGUCAUCGUGUGUCUCCUCACAGAGUUUCCCUCCAUCAGGACGGAGGACUACAGCCCCGAGCUGCUGUCUACAGGCGUCCCGCUCAUGUUCAGCAUGUUAGAAACCAGCAAGGACUACGUGAUCACUAAGAGGCUGGCGUCGGUGUUCUCUCACUGCUACAGCGUCUCUCCUGUUCCUCACAUCCCAGCGAUGGACGUCACUCUGUCCACACAGCUGGAUAUUCACUUCCUGAACAACCAGGAGAUGUCCGAUGUGACGUUCAUGGUGGACGGACGUCCGUUCUUCGCUCAUCGGGUGUUGCUGAUGUCGGCAUCUGAGAGAUUUCGACAGAUGCUCGGCGAUUCCUCCGACAACAUCGUCCACAUCAGUCACAUGACCUACAGCACCUUCCAGAUGAUGAUGAAGUCUCUGUACUGCGGAGGAACGGACGGACUCACUGUGUCACACUUUGAAGCCAUGAAGCUGCUGCCGGUGGCCAGUUUCUUCCAGCUCAGAGCUUUGCUGAGAUGUUGUGAGAUGAAACUGUCACAAAGUCUGAAUCCGGACAACGUCGUCAACAUCUACCAAACCGCUAAGCAUCAUGGAGCCGCUGAGCUCUGCAGGUUCUGUGAAGGUUUCUUCCUGCAGAACAUGGAUCGGCUGCUGGACCGAGAGGACUUCCACCGCCUGCUGCUGGGUGGAGUCGGCCAGGAGCUGCUCUGCCCAGGAACGAGCACCCGAUCUGGGCCGGGACAGGACCAGACGCAGCCGGUCCUCCUCAGGGAUCUGGAGGUCACGCUCAUUCACAGACUUUACACUCUGAACUCAGCAUGUAGAGAAUAA